ACAAGCGACGUGCUUUUUUAUUUCACAAUUGCAUCAACAGCUAAAAAUCUGCAUCAACUGUAGCACAGUUGAUGCACAGUUGAUGUUCACAGCUGCAUCAACCGGUGUUUUAUUUUGAGUUGCUUUUAUCAUAUUGUAAAGCAUAAUUAAUAAUUAAUUUUGAUUAUUAUCGGAAAUGCCUAGCUCGAUUUCAAAAUUUUUUUUGAUUUUGCUUUUCUUAUCGCUGAUUUUUUUGUUUUAUCUUCAAUUUUCCUCAGAAAAAUUUUUAAUUUACAACCUCAACUUCAAAACAAACAGCUCAAUUCAGUACAACUUUACAACACCAGAGGCGAAUUCAGGAUCUUUUGGUCCGAAAUCGAACGGAACAGAUUUCUUCUCUAUCAUAGAUUUCCCCUACUCGAAACUGCCCUCAAUGAGUCAGCCACACAAUGGACCAAUUCACAUGCGAGAGUUCUGCCACUUGAGUUUUGAUUGUGUUGUAUAUUCUGACUUAGACAGGAAUUUGCCUUUGGAUCAGCUGAACAAUUUUUCAGCAUUGAUUGCUGCAGGUCCAGCCAGACGAAAAAUUGAACCCUUAAUGAAGAAAAUUGGCAUAAAUCUGGCUGAACGUUCGAGGACCCAAUUCUGGAUUACAAGUGACCGCGAGAGUGCAAUAAACCCCGGCAACGGGAACCAUUUGACCCCAUAUCUCAAUAGAGCCUUCAACUGGUCUGCUACUUAUGGCAACAACGUAACUUUUUUCAGCGGCAUGAGUGAUGUUGAAAAACUUCGUAAGCCAAUUGCGAAACGUGAAAUUGAAAAAAUUGUUCGUUCUGAGUUUGCGAAGAAAACUAAAUUAGUGUGCUGGAUAAUGAGUAAUUGUGCUUUUUCAUGGACUAAUCGAUUGAAGUUAGUCAGCGAUUUGGUUCAAAGUUUACCUGAAAAAUUGAACUUCUGGGGGCGCGGAGAAAAUUGCUUGCGGAAUGUUAAGGACAACAUCACCUUUCAUGGAAAACUUCCAGGCACUCAAUUCGACUUGAAUGGCGUGAUAAAAGACUGUGUGUUUUAUUUGGCGUUUGAAAACUCGAACUGUUCUCAUUAUAUUACUGAGAAGUUCAGCAAUGCGCUCAAUGGCUACGCAAUUCCAAUUGUGAAUGGGUGGAGGGAGAGUUAUGUGCAGAGGUUGGCGGGUUCCUUCAUACACGUCAAAGAUUUCUCGGAUAUGAAAGAAUUGAGUGAUUAUUUGUUAUAUCUGAAAGGAAACUUUGAAGCCUACUUGGAAUACCACAACUGGCGACAAAACUUUCAGUUCGCAGCCGAUCCCACAAAGUCUCUCCACUGCAGGAUUUGUGAGAGACUCAAAAAAGAGAAGGAAGAAGGGUACAAAAAUGAAUAUCAGAUCUCUGAUUUGAGAAAGUUUUUUCGGAAUUACCAAACUUGCAAACAAGAUUAACUUGCCUCGUUCAUUACAAUAGAAUGCUCAGAUUGUAAGAGCUAGCUCAUUGUUGAGAAAAUUUCUCAAAAAAGUAAAUAAUAAACUUUUUCUUCAAAUCAUAUUCCUUCAAAA